UUUUCUUUUGUCCAUAGUUUUCUCUUCUCAAAUUCUCCUAUUUUUCAUUUUUGGGUUCCUUCCUUCAACGAAAGACUUCUUCCUAAAAAAGGAUAACAAAUAGCUUCAAACCCUAAUAAAAUCCUCACUGCAUAUUUCAAACACCCAACACAAAUUUUUUGGUAGGGUUUUCAGCUUAAUAAUACAAACCCCACCAAGAUUUACGUUUAUCCGUUUCAAAGAAAUUCACAGCUUUUGGAAGAUCCAAAAAAAAAAAAAGAAAUCUCCACUUCCAUGGACUCAAGAUUCCUUCUUUUGAUUUGUCUGUGUUUCUUCGUUCAAUCGUCUCAGGGAAAAGAAUCAGCGUUGAGAGUGAAAACGAAAACCAGCGCUUCUUCGGUUCACUUUGAUCCAACUCGGGUCACUCAAAUCUCUUGGAAGCCCAGGGCGUUUUUGUACAGAAGAUUUUUGACCGAUGCUGAGUGUGAUCAUCUCAUUAAUCUGGCCAAAGAUAAGCUGGAGAAAUCUAUGGUCGCCGACAACGAUUCCGGCAAGAGUAUCGAGAGCGAAGUCCGGACAAGUUCCGGAAUGUUCCUCAGCAAGGCUCAGGAUGAAGUAGUUGCUGGUGUCGAAGAAAAAAUUGCUGCCUGGACUUUCCUCCCUAUCGAGAACGGGGAGGCGAUGCAGAUUUUGCACUAUGAGCACGGCCAAAAGUACGAGCCGCAUUUUGAUUUUUUUCACGACAAGGCUAACCAAGAAUUAGGUGGUCACCGUGUCGCCACCGUGCUCAUGUAUCUGUCGGACAUAGCCCAGGGCGGAGAAACCGUAUUCCCCAAUUCAGAGGAGAAAGACAGGCAGCCGAAGGGCGAGAAGUGGUCGGACUGCGCAAAAGGAGGCUAUGCCGUGAAACCUCGAAAGGGCGACGCACUGUUAUUCUUCAGUCUCCAUCCGGAUGCAACUACAGACACUUUGAGCCUGCACGGUAGCUGCCCCGUGAUCGAAGGGGAGAAGUGGUCGGCAACAAAAUGGAUCCAUGUAAGGUCCUUCGAGUCCAAAUCGUCCGAUCCAUCGGACGGCGACGGGGAUUGUGUUGAUCGGAACCCAAAUUGCGCGACAUGGGCCCUCAAAGGAGAAUGCGAAAGGAACCCUGUGUACAUGGUUGGUUCUGAAGAUGGUACAGGUUUUUGUAGGAAGAGCUGCAAGAUUUGCUCCUCUUAAAAAUUGUCACUUUGUUACCAUUCAAUGUAGUUUUAUUACUACAAUUAUUGUUGUUGUUGUUAAGACAUGUCUUACUAUAUGUAAAAUGUGGAAUGGUGAUAAACUUCCUUAGGAAAAUCAAUACGAACAGACACAUGUACGGACCAAAAAGAGGCAUGUUAAAUAUAGUAAAGAACUGUUGCAAAAAUGAAGGGAAUGGAAGAAAGGGUUAAGGAAAGCA